AUUAGUAUUCCAAGUACCACGAUCGAGAACAGACCGCAGAUGACGUCCGCAAGCGAUACAGAACCCACUGCAGUAACGCUGCUCCAGCUGAAUGACGAUGUCCUGGCUUUGAUCAUCCGCCAGCUGGACACGUACCAGCAGUUCCAGAUUAGCAGGUUGAACAGGCGCUUGGCGGGCGUAGUGCACAUGCUCUGGGAGACCCGUGUUCGCAACGUUGUCCUGCAGGACGAGAUGUUCGGACGCUCGGGAGCCAAUUCCCGACAGUUUGUGGCUUUCAUCUUGGCCCUGGCUCCGCACAUGCAGCACCUGAGUUGCAAGCAGUUGGAUGUCCGAAGACUGCGACUGCUCAGUAACCACACGCUGGAGAGGAUUCACUCUUUCGAGUGGCUGGGCAAUGUGUAUAGACGGAGACGCGUUCGCUUCGUGGAUGAGGAUGUGCGAAUGCUGCAGAGGGUAUUUCCCAAUCUAAAAAGCCUCAAACUUAGAGGCUGCCAAAUUACCGGAAAAUACCUAUGCGACCUGGAUGAGCUUACCGAUCUCCGCCUGCAUGAUUGCCAUUUUCUGGAAUCGCAACACUUUAGGGACAUCUUCCGGCAGCUGCGACUACGCAAAUUUGACAUAAUGGAGGACUGUGACGAGGUGAACUGCUGUGAUCUGGCGGAUCUGCAGCUGUGUCCCACACUGGAGCAUAUCAAGAUUGCGGAUUACCACGUGUGUAUGGAGUCGGAUAUUACGCAGCAACUACUGACAUUGCCAAACCUGCGAAAGCUGUCGAUCUAUUCCAGGAACUUUGUCUUUGAUGUCCUAUCGAGGAUAGUUAGUCCCACAAGUCCUCCCGGCGAUGGCCGACAAAUUGAGGCCUUUAGUUUCAGUGGAGUUUUGCACGACUAUGGCCGGUUCUUCAGGGAGCUGGGAAAUCUUAGUCACUUGACGCGACUGGAGCUGCACAGCCAGCCAGAGGAAGAGGAGGAGAAGGAGGAGGGCGUCCAGGUGCAGUGCCUGGGGGAUCAGAUACUGCGGCAGCUAGCCAGUCAACUGGGUGAGCUAACCGAACUCCAUUUGUGUGGCUAUCAGUUGGAGAGUCCUUUGGGCCUGCUGGAAUUCGUGAUCAAUUGUCGACAGCUGAGAGUCCUCGACAUCACUCGAACCUUCUGCCAUGGAGAAUCCUUCGUCUGGAGGUGUAUUGCCAUUUUGGCCAAGCAAAGCUGGCGCAUUCGCCCUCUAGAGCUGUGGAUCCGGCAUAGCGAUAUCAAUCCGGAAAUAGUUCAAAGUUCGCGCUGCGUUGAUAACAUAAGGCUGAUAAAGGUGGAUGCAAAACAGAUUGGACCCAAUACGGACUACACAUCUGGCGUACUCAAGUUUAGCUUUGUGCGGUAAACCGCUGCCCCAUGAGUGGGAUAUGCUCCAACUGAUCAAGCUCCAAAAUGAAAAGGUUUUAAACUGAAAUAUAGUUAAGUGUAUACAUUUAUCAACUGCUUACCAAAUAAAAAGAUGUAAAUAUACAUAUUUGUAAAGCGAUUUUUCAAUGCAUCAUUGUUUUUACUGCCCUUAGGGAUAAAAAAAAUUAAAUUCAAGUUGUAGUACACUUUAAAAUUC